AUGCCGCGCUCCGAAGAAGCAGAGUGGUGGGCUAAUGCCGUCUAUGCGGCCAUCCAGGAGAUUCCUCACGGCAAAGUCACGUCCUACGGCCAUAUCGCCCUACUUCUCGGCGAGCCCCAAAGGCCGCGCCAAGUUGGUGUUUGUCUCAAGUCCCUGCCUGAUGCAGAGUCUGGUGCUCACUUCAACUCAAGCACAGUGCCAUGGCAGCGAGUUAUCAACUCCAAGGGCAUGAUAUCACAUCGUGGACCAGGUAGCGCAGAGCGCCAAGCAGAAGCUCUUCGCGAAGAAGGCGUCGAGGUAACUAGAGAUAGCAUGGGCGAGAUAUAUGUCGACUUCUCCCAGUAUGGCUGGUUCCCGAAACUGCUACCCAGCGAGGACGAGGAGAAUAAUGGGGAUCUAUUUGUGCAGGAUACCUAG